AAAUGGCUAUGAUCUGUGACGUUGUUUGGCAUCCCCGUGUUGGGAGGAGAUAGGAAGAAAGUGCUUGCCAUCUGAGCUUGGGGACAGGGCUCACGUUUUGAAAGGUUGCAAGUAUUUCCAAUGGUAAAGAUGAAAAGGUAACACAUUCAACUAGUGUACGGUCCUUCUUGCAAAGGAAGGCAAGGCGACAGGGACCAUGAGUGAGAAUGGCCCUCGAACAGAGGCGCCAAUGUACUUCGAGGUGGAGGUGGACCAGCUGGAGCGGGAAGACGAAGAAGAGGACGACAAGAUCCACUAUGACAAAGACGACGACCUGAUCGCUGAGCCGUCGUCCUCGUCUGGCCGCGUCUAUGACCGCACCACGGUGCUCAUCGAGCGAGACCCCAUCCGCCUCGACGAGGAAGGCGAAGAGGAGGGCCAUUGUGGAGGCGAUGAAGAUGGAGUCACCUUUUUAACUGAAGGGGAGGGCGAUGCGGAUGAGGAGGAAGGAUCUCUGACCUUCAUGGCCGACCCCGACGGGAUGUCUCAGGGUUAUGUGCACCACACAAUUUCUCCUGAUCAGAUCCAAUUCACCAUAAACCCAGGGUCCACGCCGAUGCCUCGCAACAUAGAGGGCGCUACACUCACCUUGCACUCUGAGUGCCCAGAGACCAAGCAGAGAGAGGUAAAACGCUAUCAGUGCACAUUUGAAGGGUGCACUCGGACCUACAGCACAGCAGGAAACCUGCGGACACACCAGAAAACACACCGGGGCGAGUACACGUUUGUGUGCAAUCAGCAGGGCUGCGGAAAGGCCUUUCUCACGUCUUACAGUCUCAAAAUCCACGUCAGAGUUCACACGAAAGAGAAACCUUUCGAGUGUGAUGUGCAGGGCUGUGAAAAGGCCUUCAACACCUUGUACAGGCUAAAAGCUCACCAGAGACUUCACACAGGCAAGACAUUCAACUGCGAAUCGGAGGGAUGCACAAAGUACUUUACCACACUCAGUGACCUGAGGAAGCACAUUCGCACUCACACUGGGGAGAAGCCAUUUCGGUGUGAUCAUGAUGGAUGUGGGAAAGCCUUUGCUGCAAGUCAUCAUCUCAAAACACAUGUACGAACACACACAGGCGAGAAGCCUUUCAACUGUCCCAGUGACGGCUGUGAAAAGACGUUUAGCACUCAGUACAGUCUGAAGAGUCACAUCCGGGGCCACGGCAAAGGACAGCCGUUCACUGUCACCCUCACACACCCACACUCUGAAGAUGCAAAUCACUCACUGUGCCUCAGUGACUUGAGUCUCAUCUCUACUGACUCAGAGCUACGAGAGAACAUCAAUAAUGCUCAAAACUUGGACCUCAACAAUGUGACUCCUAUAAAAAUCUUUGAACUCAUGUUCCAGAGUCCUGAAAAUAGCAUCAGCCAAGAUGACCCACAUCCCACCAAGAAUUUAGGUGAAACCUUCUGCAUAGAGACCUCUAUCCAACCAGGCGUGACUGAUGUUUCAUCUGUAAUCUCGUUCUCUGUCAAUCCUACCUCCUCAUCAUCCUCCUCCAGCAACGCUGCUGUCCUGGAGGCCUCUUCCCAACAUAUUCAGAACUCCUCCCCUCAGGCACACACUCCUGUUCCUGUGACUGCUAGUGUCAGUUCCACACAGAAUCCCCCUUUCAUGCAGCUAAGUGGGUCUCAACAGAUUUCAAAUGUGCCUCCAGCUCCUGUCCAAGCACCAAACCAUGUCCCCUCUCAACACUAUGUGGCACUGCCACCUACAUUCCUCCAGUCGGAAAGUGCUACUCAGACUUCUCCUCUACCGCAGCCCAUCUCUGCUCCAGCUCUGACUUCCGAAGCUCCAGUUUCUGCAGCCGCUACAGCUGAUGGGCUUUCAGCUGCACCUCAACCUGUGCCUUUGGCCAACAGCGCUGUCACCAACACUGGCCCCGGCCAGGCUACGACUCCUGCCACCAUCACCAUAGCGUCGACCCCAAAUGUGCUCCAGCCCAGCCUCGUCAUGUCAGACCAGAACCUCCAGUGGAUCCUGAGCAGCGCUGCCAACAGCCAGCAGAACCCUGAGCAAGCAUCUCUCCCAGGAGCUCCAAAAGUGGAAAAGGUCUUCUUUACUACAGCCAUACCAGUCGGAGGAAAUGCUGGUAACUCUGUCCAGCAGAUUGGCCUCAGCCUGCCUGUCAUCAUCAUCAAACAGGAGGAGUCCUGCCAGUGCCAGUGUGCCUGCAGGGACUCUGUGAAAGACAAGACCGCAAAGAGUACCUCCUCCAUUAUUUCAGCCCCUUCACAGCAGCAAACUGUAGAGCCCACUCCCCAGCUGUCAUCUGAGCCUCCACCACACACAACCACUUCAUCUUCGUCUUGUUGCCUCCCCAAGUCUUCCUCCAAGGUGGGUGAGCCAAGACCAGAAGCCCCCUCCUCUUCCUCCUCCUCUACUGCAGCUCAGAGUUUCUCCCCGAUAGUGAGCAACACUGCCACCCACCCACCCACAUCAGACGGGCUAGCCAAUAUGGACGUCUCAGACUUCCUGUCCAUGCAGAGUCCCGAGACAGCCGCCAACAUCGAAGCUCUGCUGCUGGUUGCGGAUGACUUCACCAUGACCACUGACAGCGGUCCUUAAGAGAAUUUCCACCGUGUUUUACUUUUCCAUCCACAGCUCCAAUAAUUCUUCAAACAGAUGCCUCCUCCUUCACCCUGUAUAGUUUGUGCAUGUACAACCCUCUGUCUGUGCAGUGCAUUCUGUUCUGUAUGGCACUGUGUGGCAUAUAUACAAACCUGUACAAACUAGGAGUAUGUUUUCGAUUUCUGCAGUAGUUGCAGUUAGUUUGCUCAAAGAGAUUUAGUAGCCUUUGGGCAAAUCAAUUCUGACAAGAAGCAGUUGAUCCAUUGUGGAAAACAUUGCCUGUAUAUAUUAAUCCUAUUGAUAUCUACUCAUGAACUGAUGAAAUGUUGUCAAAGCACUGAUAAUAUAAAAAGGUUGUGUAACUGAGCAGAAAGACAAAAAAAUAUUUCUAUAUCUUCGUACUGUACUGCAAGCCCCAUCAAACGCUUCAAACUGGUAUGCAGCUGGCCAGAAUGCACUGUAUAUUGGAGGAAUUUGCUCUUACUUUAAUCAUGUUUGAUUUAAAGCAUCAUUUAGCUCA